AUGGCACUGCUGUCUUUCAUUUUCGGUCGCGUUCUUCUGGUGCUGCCAUGUGUCAUUGCAUGUGCGUUGUCCAUCGUUACAGUCGACCGCAAGGAGGCCAUGACGAACGAGUGUGACGCAGGCACGCCGGUGGUGGUUCCGAAUUUUAAGGCCAACUGGUUCAAAGCAACCGAGUACUGUCACUAUCUGGGCCGCAACCUGGUGAUGGCCAGCUCGGCCGAGAAGCAGGUCAUCAUCACCAAGGCGAUCGAAGCCACCGACAAGGCGGGCGACAAUUCGUUCUGGAUCGGUGGCAGUGAUUUGGCAGAAUUGGGCAAUUUCCACUGGCACUCGAUGGGAACCCGUAUCGUUUGGCACAACUGGAACGAACUGGUCGAAAUGCCUACGGCCAGUGACCAACGGAAGGACGAUCGGUGCAUUCUGCUAGGGAACCCGAACCAGAACAAUGAGGCCGCCCCGACGACGAUGGAUGGAUUCAAGUGGACGGUGGUCAACUGCUGGGAUGAAUAUUAUUUCGUAUGUGAGAGACCGGUUUACGCCAAAUGA